AUGGAAGAAACUAUCGGGAGACUGCUAAAGCAACAGCAGGACUUUUUAGUGGACGUAUUGAGUACAAAUAGAGCAUGGAUGAUUGCACAAUUGGAAGAGCAAAAAACAAAUCUUGCUAAAAUGCAAGAAAAUCCUCGUGAGCCGACCAUAACCUCAACAAAUAUAUCCGUGCCAGCCUUUCCACCGUAUGUGCAUACAAAGCAAAGUUUUGACUCGUACAUCGCACAAUUAACCCAGCAUUUCGAAGCGUAUUCAGUCACGAAGCAGGAACAGAAACGAGCAUUUUUCCUCUCGUGGGUAGGAGCCGACUGUUUUGAGCUGCUAUCCAAACUUUUCGGCACAGAAGACAUACAAACGCAGACAUACGAAAGCACUAAAGAAAAGUUGUCAACGCACUACAAGGAAAAUGUUCACAUACUGGCCUCAAGAUACGAAUUUCUGUCAUCGAAAAUGAAACCAGAACAAAAGUAUUCAGAAUGGGUUGCUGAACUGCGGGGCAUAGCGCGGAAUUGCAGGUUCGUGUGUAGUAACAAUACUUGCAAAACGUCAUUUAUAGAUGACCUGCUUCGAGACAUCUUAGUUUUGAAUUCGCCACAUGAACCGGUACGCACUGCAGCACUACAAAAGCCUAAUCCGGCACUCGCAGAUGUUACAGCUAUAGCCGAAAGCUAUGAAACAACACAGGCCAUGAAAAAGCGGAUGUCAUCUAGCACAGCAGAACGCAGCGAAGUAUUUCAGCUGAAACAGCACCAAGCUGAAAAAAAGCUUAAGCCAAGCGCAAGCAAGAGUAACUGUUUUCAAUCCUGCUCUGGGUGCGGGAAGCACCACUCCAGAAGCCAAUGCAAAUUUCGUAAUGCACAAUACCGAAAGUGCAAUCGUUUCGGCCAUAUCGCACCAGUUUGUAAAGCACAAAGUGCAAUUACCGACAAUAAAAAUAAUAAAAAGGAGAAGCAACCGCAGACUAACAACAAUAACGCUCAGCGAAGUGUGUCAACGAUCAACUUUGUUGCUUCAAUUACGAGCACCGUGCCAAACAAAGUAGGAAACAAAUAUCUGAUUGAAAUAGGGGUGAAUGAAGUACCAGUCAAGUUUCAGAUGGAUACCGGCGCCACUUGCUCCGUGAUUGGCUUAGAUGUAUAUAAUGAAAUUGGAAAGCCAAGUCUUACGCCCUAUCCAACUGGUAAGCUAAUCGCGUAUGGGGGAAGUGCUGUAAGCAUUUUGGGAACUAUUGAUGUCACUAUUCAUCAUGGGCAAAUUAAACGGCUAGUGAAACUUUUUGUAGCUAAUGUUCAGCAAAAUAGUGAAAUCCUUGGAACGGAUUUGCUAGAAGAAUUGGGAUUAUGCGCCUGCCAAGCACAUCACGUAAACGCCGUUACGACGGAUCCUAACGAAAAUAUCGAAGGGCUUUUGAAAAAAUUUGCAGAUGUGUUUGAAGGCACGUUGGGUUAUUGCACAAUUUCAAAAGCUGAGUUACGGUUAAAACAUGAUGCGACACCUAAGUAUUUCAAAUCUCGCCCUAUACCUUUCGCGCAAUUGAAGGACUUCAAAUUAGAGGCACAGCGUCUAACGGACUGCGGGAUAUGGAAACCAAUUACGUUCAGCAAAUGGGCAGCACCCAUCGUAGUGGUUCAAAAAAAAGACGGGCGUUUGCGGAUAUGCGGUGACUUUAAAGCUGUGAACGCACAGCUCGAGGUAGAUCACUACCCAAUACCCCGCAUUGAAGAACUGUGCCGCAAGCUAAGAGGAGGCACAAUCUUCGCCAAAAUUGACCUUUCAGACGCAUACUUGCAAGUGGGUCUGACCGAAGAAGCGAAACAGCUAAUGGUUGUUAAUACCCCAUUGGGCUUGUUCCAGUAUCAACGCCUGCCGAUGGGAGUGGCCAGCGCUCCGGCCCUUUUUCAGAAGCUAUUGGAACAAGUCAUUGAAGGUAUUCCGAUGUGUAUUAAUUAUCUUGACGAUAUAUUAGUAGCUGGUAAGUCAAUACAAGAGUUAUUGGAAAAUUUGCAAUCAGUAUUCGAGCGACUGCAAGCAUCUGGGUUAAAAUGCCGCAAAUCCAAGUGCACUUUUAUGCAGCGUCGAGUUGAAUAUGUCGGAUUUGUGUUGGAUGCAGCGGGUUGCACGCCAUCUCCAGCUAAGGUUUCAGCUAUAAGUGAAAUGCCGCGGCCUAAAAAUUUGAAGGAACUUCAAGCAUUCCUGGAUAAGGCUGCUCCGCUUAACCAGCUACAACCAUUUUCCGUAUCCAGUUUUCUAGCCCAUGGAAUUUACAACAACCAACCAACAAUGUGCAGCUAA